GGUUAUUAAUUAAAUAUCUUGUGUUUAGUAAAUAUGCCAAAAGAAAUCAAGGAAUUAAAAGACUUCAUCGAAAUCGCCAGAAACAAGAACAAGAAGUACCCAGAGCCAUUAAAAAUCAUUAUCAAAAAGUCAAAGGACUUCACUAAGUUCAAGUUGAGACUAUCCAACUACUUAUUGACCUUCAAAGUAAACGAAGAAGAGAAGGCCAAGAAGAUCACCCAGUCAAUCCCAAUCAACUUGCCAAAGGAAGAAAUCAACAAGAAAUAAAUAAUGAACAUAAGGAUUUAGACCCUAUUUCUAAAUUCUCUUAACGUUUA